GUUUAAAAGAUUGAAAUUGAUUCAUACGCAAUAUGGAUUAUAAAAACGAUAUUUAGAAGUAAAAGAUAUUAUCAGCAAUGGAUGAAAAUGGAAAUGAAAGAUAUUUGAGAUACAUUCUUCUUCUCGGUGAAGGCGUUUUACUGGUGUUGCGAGGUGUUGUACGGAGAGAAGUUCAACGUACAGGAUUAACAUUAGAUGCGAUUCUUACAAUCCCGAAUAACAGAAGACAGAUAGAGCGGAAUUGCCACUCGGAAACCCAGCGUCUUCAUCUUUUCCCGUCCCCUACUACAGUAAAUACAGACAUAGAAUCAUGGGAUAUAUCGCUUCUAACGUUGGUAAUUCAAAGAGUGUUUUGGUCAAAUCUUACGAGGGACGAACGUUUGCGAAUAAGCUACUUACGAGACAGUAGAAAUGAGUAUCAAGGGCACCCACCAGCAAUGUCGAUGGAAGAAACGGAAUAUACAACAAGAUCUGCUGAUUUAGCAGCAACACUUCAAGAUCUGGCAUCUGGACUUGACCAACAAACUAGAGACACGCUUACAAGGAUAAUAAACUACUCUAAUGCGGUGCAAUUUGACUUUCAUACAGCUAUACAACAUUUACAACAACUCUAUGAGUUUAAGGAGGAAAUGCUGCGAGAGCUUGAGGCAAAAUUUCAGGACGUAAAUACCAAACUGGACACCAUGCAAGGUUUUGUCUGUCAAUCAAUUGAUGUUUUCUUAUCGUAUAUUCCUAGAAAGUAGAACUUAUAUUUGGAAAUCACGCACAUAAAGAAACACAUGAUGAAAAGGGUUUAUUUAAUUCUCAGAAUCAUGAUAAUGAAUUUCGUUUAGAUCUAUGCCUAAAAUUGUUUGACCAAUACAGAAUAGAAUAACAAAUGCAUUCUAAAUGAUACAAAGUAAGAUGUGCAAUAUUUUGACAAUAGAGUUGAUGAAGUGUGUGUAAAAUACAUUAAA